AAAAGUUAUGCUCGGAGGGUUUGCGAUUGCUUCGAGCAUUUUUUUGUAAAAUAGUGAACUAGUGGUUAAUUUCCUUUAUUAUUCACUUUUAACGUUCCUUUAGCUAGUAACAAUUAAUAGGAGUGUGAAAAUACAUUCAAAUUAAGAGUCACUUGGGCUUGAUCUGCAACAUAUCGAUUCGGCGUAUAUAACGUACAAAGCUAGGUUAUAAUUAGAAUUUCGGCUUUUUCCACCAGUGUUAAUUUGAAAUGGAAAGCAUGGAUGUCGCUCAAGAAGGAACCUCGGCAGCGUCUACGCCCGUCGUGGAAAACGGGCCCGACAAGAAUGUUACGGCGGAGGAAAUGACUUCAAGAGACUACUAUUUCGACUCGUAUGCCCAUUUCGGUAUUCACGAGGAGAUGUUAAAGGAUGAAGUUCGCACACUCACGUAUAGGAAUGCUAUGUACCACAAUAAACACUUAUUUAAGGGAAAAAUAGUGUUAGACAUAGGCUGCGGCACGGGCAUCCUGUCAAUGUUCGCCGCCAAGGCGGGAGCGGCCAAGGUGAUCGCGGUGGAGUGCUCGAACAUCGUGGACUACGCGCGCAAGAUCGUCGAGGCCAAUCGGCUCGAUGACGUCAUCGAGAUCAUCAAGGGCAAGGUGGAGGAAAUUGAACUGCCUGUGGAGAAGGUGGACAUCAUCAUCUCGGAGUGGAUGGGCUACUGCCUGUUCUACGAGAGCAUGUUGGACACGGUGCUGUUUGCUCGUGACAAGUGGCUGCAGCCUGAUGGCAUGCUCUUCCCGGACAGAUGCACCCUGUUCAUCUGCGGCAUCGAGGACCGGCAGUACAAGGACGAGAAGAUCAACUGGUGGGACGAUGUGUACGGUUUCGACAUGUCCUCCAUCCGCAAGGUGGCCAUCUCGGAGCCGCUGGUCGACGUGGUUGACGCCAAACAGGUAGUUACGAAUUCGUGUCUGCUGAAAGAAAUAGAUCUUUACACGGUCAAGAAAGAAGAUCUAAACUUCGAAUCUAAAUUCCAUCUGCAAGUCCGCCGCAACGACUUCAUCCAGGCGCUGGUGACAUUCUUCAACGUGGAGUUCACGAAGUCUCACAAGCGGCUCGGGUUCAGCACGGCGCCCGAGGCGCCCUACACUCACUGGAAGCAGACCGUCUUCUACUUCGAUGAGUACAUGACUGUGAAAAAGCAGGAGGAGAUAACAGGUACGUUCUCGAUGCGUCAGAACGCGCGCAACAACCGCGACCUGGACUUCGAGAUCGAGAUCGACUUCAAGGGCGAGUUGUGCCAGGUGCAGGAGAAGAACCACUAUAGGAUGCGCUGAGCGCUACCACUAUAGCUUUCUGCUAGUGUAGCUUUGGUUUUUAACGUACAUUUUAUGCUAUUCUUUUGUAUUAUGGCUGAAUUAAGUGCCCAUCCAUGUGCACACUAGCGCCACGGCUAAAUAAUCGUGAUUAUUUAAAUUUAACGAAAGAUAUUUAAAAAAGGGAGCCGUUAUUUUGUAUUUAAGUAUCUUUUAAUUACAUCAAACUAGUUUUUAUGUUGCUGGAUUCGUCGAUCUAUGAAUUCAAAACAAAAACGUCCGUUUUAACUUUGGACGAAUCCAGCGACAUAAUAACUAGUUUGAUGUAUUUAAAAGGUACUUAAAUACAAAAUACAGUACGUACCCUUUUUUAUUUAAAUACCUGUUGUUAAAUUUACGAUAAUUUAGCAGUGGCGCUAUUGUGCACGUUGAUGGGCUCUUAACACAUUCACUGCCCCCGACGCACAUGUGCGUUCACCGCCAUACAAGUUUGUUCCUAGGCCACGCCCCCUGGCAGUGAAUGCGUUAAAGCGUGGAAGUUGAAGAUACGGCCAAUAUGUUAUUCUGUAGUAAAGCGAUAGCCGGUGUUCGGUAGUAUAUCUGAUGAGGCUUAACCCUUUAGGCUAAGGGAUAUAUAUUUCCCACAUACGGAACUUCAAACAUGUGUUCAAUUUUCGAUGAGAAAGACUGACAUUCAAUUGUCAUUUUUGAAAUGUCAGCCUAGGAUUAAACUUCUGAGACUCCGCAUUCAAAAUUUUGUAUUGGACGCGGGGUCACACAUUACACACGAACGACGACCUUCGAAUGAUCCUUGGAACAUGGCGGAUCGUGCUCCAGACAUUUUUUAUAUUGUUUGCAUUCUGCUGCUUAAUGUAUAAUUUAGAUAGCAUAUUAUGCAGUGAAUGGCAAGUGUGACGGGUGCAGUUAAUGAAGAAUUCUUCUGGAAAUACGAAUAAGUAACCAAUUCUUGGACAUCAUUCGGCGGUUCGUGGUCUCGUCCGCCAUUACGCUUUGUGCUGUUGCUCUAGCUAUCCUCCAGUGCACCGUGAAGGCCUAUCACCGUACAUCAUGCAUUAAUACUUUCUAUUAAUAUUUUACUUGUGAUCUACAUUUACUGUGUUUUGGCAAGGGCCCAUGAGGCUGACACUGCCACAAAAUAAAUUAAGAAAUUCAAUCAAUGCUAUCAUAUUUUUUUUAAAAACGGUUUGAUCGAAUAUAUUCUUUACUUACAGUUAAAGUACAUACAUUAAAAUAUUGGGUGCCUUUGCCAUUUUAGAUCAGACAGGCUUCCAUUUUACUUUUUUAAACAGCCUUUUGUAUGAGCAUUAAGUGUAAAAAAAACCAAAGCUACAUUAAAUUUAUAGGAACGAAUGGACAUGUCCCAGUGUUCUACCGUCUUAUUUUUGAAAUAAGCUUAGUGAUUCUGUAAUAAGUAUUUGGAGCAUACAUGCCAGAAAACUUUAUUUUGUUGUUCUAAGACUUCUAGGUAAUCAGAAUGAAUUUCAUAUUUUCAUCUCACAAUUAUUAUUCCUGAGACUUAUGCAUAAUAACUUAAGAAAUGAGGCGUUUUUCAUGUUUUACCAGGGCACAAAAUUAUUUGUUUUAGAAUCGCUAGCAUUGUGUUUUAUCAGGGAGUAGAUUGGAUAUUUUUUUGUGCCUUUUUAGACACUGCCGUUAAUGUCAAGUUAACCUUUUAGCGCCACUUGCACUAUCCCACUAACCCGGGGUUAACCGGUUAAACCGUUAACCUAGUAUCAAAUUGGACUGGUUACCAUGGUAACUCCAGGUUUAACCGGUUAACCCGGGUUAGUAGGAUGGUGCAAGUAGCCCGUAGUAUUACGAAAUUGUAAGUGGCAUCAAAUAUUUCCGUUGCGCAUAUGUUGCAUAACGCCUUUUUUCUUAAGUUAUUUUACUUGUACUGUGCAUAUUGAGAAAUGCUUUGUACCUAUAAUCACACCUAUAAUUGAUCAGUUUUAUUACCAAAAACGAAUAUAGAAUGAGUUUGCUAUAGUUUUCAUGAAAAGCAUUAAACAUACGAAGUGUUCUUGUGAAAAGAAAAUGAUUCACAAACAAAUAUCUGCCAGAUUAGACAUUUAGGAAUUUGGCCAGAAACAUAUAAGUCACAUCACUUUAUAUAAAAUGGGUUUUUCAGCAUGCAAUCUGUUUUGUAUUUUUGAUAUAUGCUAUAAAAUAACAAUUUAAACACAUGCAUAAUCGACAAUAUUCGUAUGUUUAAUGCUUAAAUAAUUUUGAAUUAUGUUUCAUAAAUUUCAUAAUAUCACAAAAUUCUGUAAGUUUGUUCUUUAAAAUGGUUCAUAAUAGGAAACGCGUUCUUAUUAUAAUGGUCGCUGUAUGUUUAGGAAUAAGGAUAGUUUACACUAGUAUGUAUGAGAAACUCCAGAUAGCUUGGUUAUUUGAAAACAGGAUAUCAAUAUCUUUAGGGGUUUUUUACUAUAUAAAAGGCAGCAUUCCACCAGUUUACGGGACUCUGCGGCACAAGCAUAUUCAGUACGAAAAUCUUUGUGCCGAACAGUGCCGCACAGUGGAGCCGCAGCCGCCAUAAGAUGUCAAACGAAUCCUAAAGGUAUUGAGCUUAUGAUACGACGGGUCAUAUUUUAUAACGUUAAAACACAAGUAAUGACUUUUCGUAGUAAAUAUUGAUAUUGAAUUUAAAUUACAUUGUUUACACUUAUAUUAUGGUGGCCUAAAAGUGUUGCUUUUAUUUUGCGACGCUCUUUUGUCUCCCUUGUGAAAUUUUAGCCUGUGAUUAUGUUCAAUAUCGAUUCGGCCUUGAAAAAUAGUUUGCCAACUCAAAAUGAAUUUCGUUUUAAUUACAAAUAUUGUAAAACUAUUAUGGUUCUGUAGAAUGGGCCGAAAUAGCCUAACAUAGAACUCUGCAUUGGGUAGUUUGCUCGUAUAUGCCAGUGUUACGUAUUAUUCUUGUAUUUUAGGUAUUGUCAUUACGUCCAAUAUAAAACUUCGAGUGAUAGAUCUUGCGAUGUAAAACUACUGUUUAAGGUCGAAGCUUGGAUAUUGGACAUAGUGAUAUGCACUCGGACCACUAUUGGAAUACAGUUUUGAUAAAUUCUUUGCACACCAAAGACUGCCGGAGCUACACUAACGGGAAACGCCGUUGAUUAUGGCGAUAUUGGACGUUUUUCAUAUGGCCACACUGGGAUUAUCACGAUAAUUAACGGCGUUUGCACUAGUGUGGCCUAGGCAUUAUUUUUCUGAAUGAUGUUUCCAACUUUUCGAAAACUUUCAGUAACUUGCACAUUUGUACUCUGUUGUAUGAAGAAUAAUUGUAUUGCAUGACAUAUUUUGUAAACAUAAUUGAAUUUAUAAUACAGGAAUUUUCAAUGCUGUAUGCUAAUAAUUCAGAGUGUCAGUAGUUAGAUUUCUCAUGUUUGUACUAGAUAUGGGCGUGACCGCGAACAUCGUAUGUAUUAUUUUCAAUAGGAGUGUUGUACGCGAUUUACUGUGAUAGUCCUGGUAAUACGCCUAGGUGUAUCUGUGAGAUUCUCAACCCAAGCGAAUUUUGACUCUCGUUGUAACGACUUAAAGUUGAAUUUUGAUAGCCGACUGUGUCGGAAUUUCUACAACAGUGCGUAGUACCGGUGGUACUCUUAAUUUUAGAGGUGCAUAAAUGAGUAAGCCAAA